AUGAUCGUCGAUCAUAACAACAACAAUCCGCCGUUUCCACCGAGUAGUACUAGUAAUGGGUUUAGUCCUUCCGGUGGUGUAAACUCAAGGAAGAGAAGGUCUCUAUCCGCUACUGGAUUCUCCCCAGAUCCUAGUGCUGAUGGGAUUACCAAGUUAUAUGCUGCGCCGGUAACAAAGACAACAAGCGAAGACGAGAUCCGUCAGGUGUUUGACAAGUAUGGUAGUGUCAUUGAGAUCAUACUACCCAAAGAUAAGAUGACUGGUGAACGAGCAGCUUACUGUUUUGUUAAGUACAAAAAGUUAGAAGAGGGUAAUGCGGCUAUUGCAGCUUUAACAGAUCAGUAUACCUUUCCUGGGGAAAUGGCUCCAGUCAAGGUCAGAUUUGCCGACGCAGAACGGGAACGGAUCGGUUUUCCCACAAUGCAAACUCCAGAAAAACUAUACGUUAGAUGCCUCAACAGACUAACAACAAAAGCGGAAGUCCAUGAGGUAUUUGGUAAGUACGGAGUCAUUGAAGAUAUUUAUAUGGCACUCGACGACAUGAAGAUUAGUCGUGGGUAUGCAUUUGUUCAGUUUUCUCGUAGGGAGAUGGCACUAGCUGCAAUCAAAGGUUUAAAUGGAGUCUUUACCAUGCGGGGUUCUGAUCAGCCUCUGACUGUUCGAUUUGCAGAUCCUAAAAAGCCCCGUCUAGGGUCUACCUUUAACACUCCACCCCCAAUGCAACAAUUCGACCCAAAUUGGCACCCACAACCAUAUCCCCAAUGGGGAAACAAAGAACCUGCAGCCCCUAUAGUCGUUCAGCAUCAUGAUUUCGCGGCACAGCCUAAUCACUUCCCGCAGCAAAAUGCUCAAGUAGUAUCCGAGGUUCAUAAACCACUGCAUCAAGAUAUUCCACCUCAAAAUUUUGAGAAGCAUCAGAAAUCUGAGACUGCCAACGUGGAGACUAGAAACAAUGGUCAGAAGAUUUCUAGUCAUUCAAAUGCAUUCACUGAAGACCAAAAUACAAUGAGCUCUGAGUGUGACUGGAGUGAACACACUUGUCCUGAUGGGAACAAGUAUUACUUCCACUGUGUCACUUGCGAAAGCACGUGGGAGAAACCCGAGGAAUACUCCAUGUUUGAGAAAUGGUUCGAAGAGCAAACAAAGCUACAUGAUCAAAAACUUGUAUCUCCCCCAUUAAACAAUCAGAGCCAAGGGGCAAUCGAAAACAGCGAGCAAGUUGAGUCUCAUCUAUUGGAAGAGACUACUAAACACCAACAACCAUCCUUAUCCACAACGGUUAGAGAUAAUUUCUACACUUCGACUUAA